AUGCUCAGGACCCUUGGGCUGGGCCUGCUGGCAUUGCUCAGUGUGGUGGGCCCAAGCCAGGCCAGUGGCUUCACAGAAAAAGGCCUCUCCUUGCUGAGCUACCAGCUGUGCAACUACCGAGUGACCCAAAAUGUCCAGAAGGUCGUGUCCUUCCAGUCUUCCUCACUGACCUACACGUCCUGUGGGGGGUGGAUCCCGUGGCAGCGGUGCCCCAAGACCGUUUACAGGACACGGUACCUGACGAUGGAGGUCCCUGAGACCAGGAACGUGACCGACUGCUGCCAGGGCUACGAGCAGCUGGGCCUCUACUGUGUCCUGCCCCUGAACCACUCCAGGGAGUUCGCAUCGAGGCCUGGUGUCUGCCCAGCAGCAGGACUGGGACUGUCCACCUCACCUUGUACCCUCGACACUGACUGCCCUGGGCUCCAGAAGUGCUGCCCUUCAUUUAGGGGCCAUCAAUGCGUGGACUCUGCACCCCCAGAAUCUCUGGAGAGGAAUGUGACGACUUCCUGGUACAAUGUGAUGGUGCUGGUGAAAAUGGACUUCAGGGAGCUCAAGCACGUGGACCCGCAGCUGCUGAACCACGUGAGGCUCCUGUACUCCAUGAUCACGAGUGCCCUGCAGCCACUGGACUCCACUGUCCACCACUUGCACUCAAUGCGUGGGGACCCCUCCACCACGGUGUCACAUCUGCUGCUGGGGGUGCCGCGACCUCUGCCUCUGGUCAACAUCUCUGUGGCACUGGAUGACAUUGUGCGGCGUGUCUACGAAGUGAUCCACGUGCAGGUGCAAGAUGUAAAUGAAUGUCUCUUCAGUGAACUCAACACCUGCUCUGGAAGCGAGCACUGUCUAAAUGUGGAGGGCUCAUACCAAUGUCUCUGUGCUCAGGAGUCUCCAACUUCAUCGCCCCUGAAGCCAAACAGCACAUGUGAAGAUUGCCCUCUAAUAAGGAACUUCGUGGCCUUCAAUGUCACCAGUAGUGGUUUUCAUCUGUCUUGGAGUUUAAAUUCUACCCAGAACCGCACUUUCCACGUGCAGGUUUACAAGGGCGAGGAGCUACUGAGAAGUGCCAGGACCAGCGGGAUGACCCUGGAGGUGGCCGGGCUGAAGGCCGGUGUGUUGUAUAGAGUGAUGACGAGCUACCCGGGAUGUGAGGCCAAUGGCCCUUCUUCACUGGUGGUCAGAACAGAUGCCCGAGUAUUUGAAGUCAUAAUCAGAAUCAUCAACCGCAACUUCACAGAGAAGCUACUGAACCGCAGCAGUGUGGAAUACAAGGACUUCUCUAGACAAUUGCUGCAGGAGGUUGAAAAGUCUUUCCCUCCAGCUGUUUCUGACUUGUACAGAAGUGGGAAAAUGCGGGUGGAGAUCAUAUCUCUCCAAACUGGAAGUGUGGUUGUGAAGCUCAGACUCACAGUACAAGAUGCUGAAUUUCCAGUGCAUGUCUCCACGCUGUCUCCCAUGAUCCCAUCGUUGUUCACAAGUGCAGUGUUCCAAAUCGACCAACAGGGGACGCUCGUGCAAGAUUGGGAUGAGUGUGCAGACAGCCUGGAGAACGACUGCUCAGCGGAUGCCCAGUGCCUCAACCUUGAGGGCUCUUACACCUGCCGCUGCCAGACGGACAUUGAUGCCAACCCCUCCCGGGCGGGCCGGGCCUGUAACUCCAGAAACCCCUUGAGAACCCCAACAGUAGACGAGACCUUGACCUCUGGACUCCCACCCAGAAGAGGAGAUGACAGCAACAUAGCCGAGCAGAACAGGACAAGCAUGGGGAAUGGAGUGGAGGAGGAAGUGCCCAGUGUGCCAUCAGAUCUGGCAACAGGCCAGUGGAGGACAGAUGGCCUGCUUGACCCCACUGGGGAAUUACUGCAAAACUCAACUACGGAGCCCAACACCUGGCUCACCCCUACUGUGGGCCCCACUGGCCAUAUAGUAUGGCACCCCAGCCCCACAGUACAGGAUACAUCACCAGCUCCUCUGAGUACUGUGUGGCCAGGGAACCUGGAUCCUGGUCCCUCAAACCCCGCAGACUUGCCAAUAACCUCCAGUCCUGCUUCUCCAGUGACCGCUGUCUGUGGUCAAGUUCACAUCAAAAGAAUUAUAGUCUCCAAUGUGACCAGCACCAGCUUCCAUGUGGCAUGGGAGGCAGGUCUCACUUCGCACUCUGUUUUUCUGUUCACCCUAACUUCUUUGAAAAACCCGACUUUGGACCUUGAGAUCCAGAACACUAGUGUGACACUGACAGGACUGGAGCCUGGUGUCAUAUACACAGUUGUGAUAGUGGACAAAGCAUGUGGAGAAGAAAGUGCCAAGGCACACUUCAAAGUGAGGACAGUGGCCCAGAAGCUCAGUGGAAAAGUCCGAAUAGCAAACGUCAGGUAUUCAGAAAGCUUCCUCAAUGAGAGCAGCAAGGAGCGCCAGGACUUCCUAGAACACUUCUUUAGGAUGGUGCAGGAUGCCUUGCCAGCCCCCACGCUUCGACUCAUGGACGAGGGUGGAAUUAAGAUGGAAAUCACCAGCAUCAGCAACGGCAGUGUCGUGGUGGCAUUCGACCUGCUGAUCAUCACGGAUGUGGAUGCCCAGGAGGUGUCCAGUGCAUUCCUCACCAGCUUCCAGAACAUGUCGCCGCUGCAGGUGGUCAGAGACGACACCUUCAUUCAAGAUUACGACGAAUGUGCAAGAGGCGAGGAUGACUGUGUGCCUGGGGCCUUGUGUCACAACACAUUUGGGUCUUUCACGUGCAGCUGCAUAGGAGGAGACUCUGACUUCUGGGUAGAGUAUUCUGGGAGACCCUGUGAAGAUGACUCUCCUGCCAACACAGCUCAGGCCCCUGCAUCCUCUCUGGUCCCCAAACUAGAUCACCCUCCCACAGAGCAGCCCCUCACCUCACCAGGAAGUAGGGCACACCUCAUGUCAGGUGCAAACCUCACUGUCCAGGACCCACCUGGACGAAUGAACCUGACGGGGGCAGUCAGGGUGCUCUGUGAAAUUGAGAAGGUGACCAUCGCCAUCCAGAAACGCUUCCUGCAGCAAGAGGCCAUCCCCGAGUCCUCCUUGUACCUGGGCGCACCGGCCUGCAAUGUGAGCAGCAGCAACAGCACACACGUGCUCCUGGCGGCCGGCUGGAGCGAGUGCGGGACCAACGUGCAGAGCAACAUGACCAACACGGUGGUGAGGACCACGCUGCGCAACGACCUGUCCCCUGAGGGCAUCAUCCACUACCUGAAGAUCCUGAGCCCCAUCCACUGCGCCUUCCGGAACGACCUCCUGACAUCGUCGGGGUACACCCCGCAGUGGGGGGUCUAUACCAUCAUCGAGGACCUCCACGGAGCUGGAAACUUUGUCACUGAGAUGCAGUUAUUCAUUGGCGAUUCUCCUAUACCUCAAAAUUACAGCGUGUCUGCCAGCGAUGACAUCAAGAUCGAAGUGGGCCUUUAUAGACAAAAAAGUGACCUCAAGGUGGUCUUGACAGAGUGCUGGGCAACUCCAUCAAGCAAUGCCAGGGAUCCAGUGACGUUUGGUUUCAUUAACAACAGCUGCCCCAUUCCCAAUACAUACACCAGUGUGAUCGAGAACGGAGACUCCAGCAAGGCCCAGUUUAAGCUGAAGAUCUUUUCCUUUAUCAACAACUCCAUUGUUUAUCUGCACUGCAAACUUAGAAUCUGCAUGGAGUCACCUGAAAAUACAUGCAAAAUAAAUUGCAAUGAUUUCCGGUCCCAGAGAAGUGGAGAGACGUCUGCCAUGCACCAGACAUCCUGGGGACCCCUCAUUCGGUCUGAAGAUCACUCUGCGGGUGGACAGUCUAGCCUGGGUGUGGUCUACGUGGUCCUCAUUGUGGUGGCCGCCUUUGCCUUGGUGACAGGCAUAGCUGCCAUCCUGAUCACACGCUACCAGAGGAUGACUGGAAGAUACAACUUCAAAGUCCAAUCUGACAACUUCAGCUACCAAGUGUUUUACGAAUGA